UCAGUACCAGAACGCUCGUUUGUCCCUGCAGUUGGUGGCAGCAUUGUGCUCAGGAGUCGUUCAAGAUUCGUUUGCCGAGUGUUCUGCCGCGUGUCCGUGCCGCAAAUUUCGCGCGCGUUUCCUUUUUUGGUCCUGCUCGUUGUUUGUUGCACAUUUGCGGCGGGCUGUCUGUCAGUCUGUCUGCUUGUACGUCUCCCAAAAACUCUCUCAGAACCAACUGCUGUCUGUGUGGCCAGUCUUCGGUCGUGACUCCUCUGACUCUGCAACUUUUAAACUCUGACUCUGCCUCAGUGACAGUUUGUAAACCAGAAGAAGCAGAGCAGCGGCUGAAGAAGACACACACUCCUUAUAGAUAGAGGCUUCCAUGCCCGCGAAAAUGACAGUUUUGAGUUGUGGUCCUGGCUUGUGUUUGGCGCCGGCUACAGCUUCAGCUUCCAAUUCGAAUGCGGGGUGCAAUCACAGCAAACGUCAUUAGCACUCGCGACAUCGCCUUCGAUUGACAGAAGGUCUCGCUCCUAAAACGGGCAAACAGUUCCUGGAAGGGGAACAGCAACAGCAACAGCAGAAGGAGCAGGAGCUCCACGAAACGGUGGCCAAAGAGAACAACUUCACAUUUGCAUAACUUUGCUGCAGCUUCAACAUUCAGAUUCGCCAGAUGUCGGCGGCUGCCGCAGCGGGUGGCAAAGGCACUGCCAUGGAUGUGGAUGUGGUGCAGGCAGCUGGAAAUCAAAGCCCAAUUGGCACAAACACGCGGUAAAUAGAAAUCGCAAUCGAGGCUUGCAAUUGAAAAUAGAAAUUCGCAUUCAAAUGCAAAUAGAAAUAGAAAUAGAAAUUGCCACGAGACCCCAAACAACAAACAGGGCGAAAAAAACAACUAAAAUACCCAUAAAAUAACACAAAAACAAAGAGAGAGAAACAGUAAGAGAAAAUUGGAAGAGAAACAGCAGCUGCUGCUGCCGGUGCUGCUGCUGCUGCAAAUAACUGAACCACAACGACAAAAACAAAAGCAAAAACAAAGGAUAACAACAAUAUGGAGAAGCUACUGCUAUCGCCGGCGCUGUUUGUCAUUUUGAUAAUGGCCACAAAAUGCGGCAAUGCCGUUGCACAGAAUCAGCAUCACGAGAGCAACUCUCAAUUGGAUCCCGACCCAGAGUUCAUUGGCUUCAUCAACAAUGUGACAUAUCCGGCUGGACGGGAGGCCAUACUCGCGUGUUCAGUACGAAAUCUAGGCAAGAACAAGGUGGGCUGGUUAAGGGCCUCCGAUCAAACUGUGCUGGCCCUGCAAGGCCGUGUGGUCACCCACAAUGCGAGGAUCAGUGUCAUGCACCAAGAUAUGCACACAUGGAAACUGAAGAUCAGCAAGCUGCGUGAGAGCGAUCGAGGCUGCUAUAUGUGCCAGAUCAACACGAGUCCCAUGAAGAAGCAAGUCGGAUGCAUCGAUGUUCAAGUCCCACCUGACAUUAUCAAUGAGGAUUCCUCCGCUGAUAUGGCCGUGCAGGAGGGCGAGGAUGCCACGCUCACCUGCAAGGCCACUGGCAAUCCUCUGCCCCGCGUUAUCUGGCGACGGGAGGAUGGCGAAAUGAUACUCAUACGAAAGCCAGGCAGUCGUGAGCUGAUGAAAGUGGAGUCCUACAACGGCUCUUCUUUGAGAUUGCUUCGUCUGGAGAGGCGCCAGAUGGGCGCCUACCUGUGCAUUGCCUCCAAUGAUGUACCACCGGCAGUCAGCAAACGCGUAUCGCUCAGUGUGCAAUUUGCGCCCAUGGUGCGUGCCCCCAGCCAACUGCUCGGCACGCCGCUGGGCUCCGAUGUGCAGCUGGAAUGCCAGGUGGAGGCCUCGCCCUCGCCCGUCUCCUACUGGCUGAAGGGCGCGCGGACCUCGAAUGGGUUCGCCAGCGUCUCCACAGCGAGUCUGGAGUCUGGGUCGCCAGGACCCGAAAUGCUGCUCGAUGGGCCCAAGUAUGGGAUAACGGAGCGGCGCGAUGGCUAUCGCGGGGUCAUGUUGCUGGUGGUGCGUUCCUUCUCGCCCUCCGAUGUGGGCACCUAUCACUGCGUCAGCACAAACUCGCUGGGCCGUGCCGAGGGCACACUGCGGUUAUACGAAAUCAAGCUACAUCCUGGUGCCGCGGCCAGCAACGAUGAUCAUCUCAAUUUCGUUGGAGGUCUCGAGGAUGCGGCACGGAGUGUGGCCACCAGAAGGCACACAGCGUGGCAGCCGCUGUGGAUGCUGAUGCUGCUGAUGCCGCUGCUGAUGCCGCUGCGACAGCGGCCUGGGGGAGCGUGAUAUCAAAACUGAAGAAGAGCCGGCAAUCAAGUAUUCCUACACGAUUCCCUCGGACAUCGACAUCGACUACAACAUCGACAUCGAUAUCUAUAUCGCCUGCAUUCUUGUUGUUUCUGUUACCGUUUCCAUUUGAGUUCUGCGUUUGCGUUUGCGUUAAAUCUCCCCUUAGUGUAUAUCCUCGCCACUGCCAAGGGCGCCGUCCUGCGCCAGAUAUCAUUUGCAUACGUAUCAGGAAUCGCGUUGUUCCCACCAUUACCACCAACAGACCCUGGCCCGGAUAAUAUCAAAG